AUGGCGGAGGAUGAACGCAAGGCGAAGGCGGCGAAGCGACGAGCGGAGGAAAAGGCGGCUCGGGCGAGGAAUAAGGAUAACGAGGACGCUUUUGCGGGGACGAGCUCGCGCAGAGAUGGCGGCGGACGUAACAGUCGCGCGAACGACGACGUGGGUUCGUUCGAAAAGCACACGAAAGGGAUCGGGAUGAAACUUUUGGAAAAGAUGGGAUACAAGAAGGGCGAAGGUUUGGGCAAGGGCGCGAGCGGUAUCUCGCGAGCGUUGGAGACGCAAUUGAGACCGAAGAAUAUGGGUAUGGGUUUCAACAACUUUAAGGAAAACGUGAACGAUCCCACUCGGUCGAGUAAACGCGAGGAUGACGAAGGUGAAGCGAGCGAGGACGAUAUGGACCGCGCGAGAGAGCAGUCUAUGUGGAAGAAACGUAACGAGUUGCGGCGACAAAAGCGCGAAUACAAGACAGCGGAAGAGCUGUUGGCGGAAGAGCAAGAGAACGCAUCGUCAGUACAGACGACGACGAACAAAUUAAACAUCAUCGACAUGCGCGGCGCGCACGCGACGGUGGUCAACGCCAAUGAACUUCACAAGGCUCGGGUCGUGCGCGCUGGGGAGGAAGACAUCAUGCUCCCAGAGUUACAACACAAUCUCAAGCUCGUCGUUGAUCUCGCUGAAAGCGAUAUCACGAAGCUUGAUGGAAAGAUUCGAAGCGAGAAAGAUACACAGGAGAUUUUACGUCGGGAAAAGAUUCGACUAUCCAAAGUUGCUGAGGCCCACGACGAACUUGCGGCGAGAACUAAGAGCGCGCUCGCGCUCGUCGAGAUGUGCAACACACAUGGUAAGGCAUGCGACACGGCCGAACAAUUCGAUGCGCUCACGCAAUCUUGGAUGGAGGUUGUCAAGCAAUUUCCAAAAGAGUACUACGGACACAGAUUAAAUCGUCUCGCCCUCGCGCACGCGGCGCCGUACGUGCGUGCGAUGUACAAGAGCUGGGAUCUAAGCAAAGAUCCAACGCUUGGUGUUGAUAUUCUGAGACCUUGGCGAUCUUUACUCUCACCGGAGCUCGUUCCGGAUGAGUACAAGGGCGUAUUUGAAGACGACUCGUACGAGGACUUGUUACGAGAUCCGAUGCUUUCGAGACUUCGCCCGAUUAUUUCAUCCAAGUGGGAUCCAACGAAGCCCGAGGAUAUUUUGAAUUUCGUUCAAGCGUGGUCUGACGUGAUGCCCGAGGCACUCAUGCGCGAAAUCACGCACGCUCUGGUGUUGCCCAGGCUACAGCGUCGCGUCGGGGAGUGGGAGCCUACGAAGGAGCGCGUCGCGCUCCACGUUUGGUUCCAUCCGUGGUUGCCCAUGUUGCAUAAAAACCUCAAGGAUUUGUAUCCUUCUAUUCGUCAAAAGUUCACGGUGUCCUUGGCAGAGUGGGAAGCGAGCGAUUCGAGCGCGUUGACGCUCUUAAAGCCUUGGCAGAGAGUGUUCGAGGCGAAGGACUGGUCAUCGCUCAUGCGCCGUUGCGUCACGCCCAAGCUCGAAGACGCCUUGGCUAUGCUCCAAAUCAAUCCUUCCAACCAAGUACUGGACCCAGUACGAACGGUGCUGAAGUGGGAGUCUAUGCUUGGCCCGAGCGCGUUCAUCACGCUUCUGGAACAGCACUUUUUCCGCAAGUGGCACGCCGCCCUGCACAAGUGGCUCACCGCAAGCAACGUCGAUUUGGACGAGGUCGCGCAAUGGUACAUCGGAUGGAAGACCGUAUUCUCCGAAGAACUUCUAUCCCACGAACGCAUGCGUGUCCAAUUGAACGUUGCCCUAGAUAUGAUGAACCAAGCUGCCGCAGGCGAAGGCGUCGUCAUGCCGAACGUUGCUGCACCGCAACCCACCGCACCGCUCGCGGACGAACGGCCCGUGCCUCACCCCAUGGAUGAAUCUACGAUGUCUCUAAAAGAGAUGAUUGAAGAAUUCGCCAACGCUCACGAGCUUGAAUUCAUACCGAGCGCCUCUGGUCGCCGCCACGACGGCUUAGCCGUGUACGUCUUUGGCGGCGUCAGCGUCGUCGUCGACACGGCGCGCGAAUCCAUUCGCGCCCUCAUCGACGGCGAUUGGACCCCAAUUAGCCUAGACCAACUCCUUGAUCGCGCCCGCGCGAUCAAGCGAUGA